UUAUCAAGGCUUACCGAAUAAAUAGGGGAGACUAGGUGAUGGAGCCCAGUUUUUCUUCAGACAUACACUGUGCUAACUAGUGAACUUGUUCCAUUUUUCGUGACAGAAUGCCACCAGUUGCUGCAGCAGUUUGCAAUUCGAUUGCAUCAACAAAAAAUGAGAACGGAGAAUGUAUCAUCAAAAAAGUACAAAAGGACACAACUAUCAGAGAAGAUAAAUUGCCUGAUAUGACCGAAUGCUACAAGAGUCUUCUACAAUCUCUUGGAGAAAACCCCGAAAGAGAAGGUCUUUUGAAAACACCUGAAAGAGCGAGCAAGGCUAUGCUGUUUUUCACUAAAGGAUAUUCACAAAGUGUCGAAGAGGUGCUCAAUGACGCAAUUUUCACCGAAGACCACGAUGAAAUGGUGUUGGUAAAAGACAUCGAAAUGUUCUCUAUGUGCGAACAUCACAUGGUACCUUUUUACGGCAAAGUUUCCAUCGCUUACCUUCCACAAGGAAAAAUUUUAGGUCUGAGCAAACUGGCAAGAAUUGUCGAAAUAUUCUCCAGACGUCUACAGGUCCAAGAAAGAAUGACCAAACAGAUCGCUCAGGCUGUUUUCGAUGCUGUUAAUCCAGCUGGCGUUGCUGUGUUCAUAGAAGGAGUGCACAUGUGUAUGGUGAUGAGGGGUGUCCAAAAAAUAAACAGCAAAACGAUCACAUGUACAACUUUGGGAAGCUUCAAAGAAGAUAGCAAACUCAGGAAAGAAUUUUUACAUUUGGUUCAAAACUGAUACUGUUAAAACUAAACACCUGACUGUGAUAAAGCAAAGGGUAUUUGAUAAAUGAUCAGAUUCGAAAAUCACUACGAUUACUGUGAAAAAGCUCAUGAAAUGUUCUAUUUGUUUUAGAAAAGGAAUGUGAUUCUUUAAUAGGCUGUGUCAGUUUGAUUGAUUUUAAAAAUAGUUCAAAAUGAUGACUUCGUAGACAUAAAAUAAGUUACUAGUUGAUAUUGAAAUGUGUAAACAAUGAAGUAAUGAUGAUUAUUUAAAUAAGAAAUAAAGGUGAACAAUAUUUAUUUAAUAAAUAUAAAAAAUUGUGUCUCUACCCUCCACAAUAUAAUACAUAUUUAUGA